AUGUUUCGAGCUGUCGUGCGCCAGAAAAAUCUAACAAAUGCUUCACGCUUCACAGUAAACCACAGGACUUUUGUUUCUACAGUUCUUCUCUCCCGUACUUGGGAAAAUGAGACUCUGGUCACUCUGCGUCAUGAAGCGAAAACCCGAGGUCUUUCGACCAAGGGCAAUAAAUCUGACAUCAUAAACCGAAUUCAGGUGUAUGAGGAAUCUAGAGCUCUUCCUUUUUCGCAGCCUACACCCGCCGCAUCUCGCAAUGCGUCUUCUUCUGCCACUCCACCACAGGCUGUAUCCCCGGGCAUACCGCCUGCAUCCAUACCCGCGAGGGCAUCAGAGACGCCUGACCUUUUCUUGGUCAGAUUGCCCAACCUCUCUCAAGAUGAGCCAUGCGAACCCGUUCAAGCACCCUUCGUUCCCGAUUUUUGGGAUUCCUCUAGUCCGAAACCCGAGCCCAUAGAGCCUUCUCACCCAAAAUUACACGUCGUUUCGGGGUCUGCGACGCAUCCUGAUGGUGGCCCUACCUACAAGCUUGAAAAGCCUCAGGACGCGGCGGUUAUUGAGGAAAUGGUGGUUAUCGAGCCUGAAGGUCAAACCAAACCCGCGAUUGAAUCUAGCUUAUUCCGUGACUUUGCCAAUGAUCUUGGAUUGCAGCGGAGUUUCCGAGUUGGCGAGACGGUCUCGAAUGUGGUGCGAGCUGCCAAGGAGCAAGGGCCUGAUGUGCACGCAAAGUCUAGGCCCCUGAACAAUGAACAAACAAGAGGAGUUUGGGUCUUGUUCGGUUUACUCGCAGGAUCAUGGAUCGCUGGAGGGUGGGUGAAUCGUGAUCGGUCGGUGCCUGAAGUGCACAGCACGGAGGAAGGCAAGCACUAG